AUGCGUUACCAGCUAGAUGACCGCAGAUGUGCGGUGGUUAAAAUUGAAGACGUCAAAGGAUUUAAGGCGGACGAUGACUUCAGGACAACAUUUUAUAGCGUCAAGUGGAUCGAAGAUGGCGAAGCGUAUUUUUAUCGCGCCAGAAUUCUUCUCGUUGGAGAGUCUGAGUAUGACCUGAAAAGCAAGAUGAAAAGCGGGCGUGUUAGAGUCCGAAGAAUCCUCAGCAGCAGUGACAGUGAGGAGAGCGACAAGGACGUCGCAGUGCAGGUAAGCGUAUUUUUUCGUAUAGUGGUGAUAUUUCUUUUUUUGCUUCUCUUUACAGACACAAAAAAAAACAAAAAACGGGAAGGGCCCAGCAAUAAAUUGUUGGAAAUACUUGCUGCAAAAAAGAAAAAGCUCACAGAAAAAGACUGCACAGAGCAACAAGCUCAACUUUCAGCAGCUAAAGAAGAAGUGGCCCGCCUUAGCUCAAGAGUUAAGGAACAAGAAGAAGAACUUAAAGAGCUCCGAGCUCUAAAUAGAGAGCUGCAGCGAAAGCUGCUGGAUUCAUUGGAUUGUAAGCAAGGUAAAGAGUUUUUCUUUGGUGUGUGUGAAGAACACAGUAGAAGGAGCAGUGAUCAGGUUUUGCGGGCAGUAUACUCGAUUAAUACCAAUUCACAGGAACCACAGUCAGCAUUGCCAGCAGCACAGGCACCACCGUACAGAAUUCAGGAAGAAGAGUUUAUUCCUAUAUUCCUUCCCUUCAACAAGUGUAUAGCUGGCAUAUUCAGUUUUUGUUGGGUUUUCUUUAAAUUUGUGAUUUGUAUUGCUUUACAGACUGACAUUGGUAGUGGGCUUGAAAUAGCAAGCUCUGCUUGGAGGCGGAUACAGACCAAUACAAAAGACUCUAUGUUUAUUAAAGACCUUUUAACAGCGGUGUGGAGUCCAGCAGAGCUGCUUGGGCGGUCUCUGCAAGGAAAGCACUGUCCACGCUUUCCCGACCGCCCGAGAAAAGAGCCGCUGUCGCUGUGGAAAGUGUCGGUGAUACGCGGUGAGUGAAGAACGGAUAAGUCAUCAUGUCUAAUACUUCAAAUUGUUAUUAACUUGGUUCGGCUAGUGAAACUUUACAUUUCCUGCUUAUUGUGUGUGUAUUUUUACUUUUGUUCCACAGAAUGCUACAAGGAGCGACUUCAGAAAAAAGGACUGGUGGCUGAAUUGACGCCUGGGGCAUUAAAACAAAUGAAUCGCUUCAUUGUAGAAAAGAUCAGCGACAUUGAGAGGAUGGCCAAAAGGUUUGAAAGCUGGCUAAUUGCAUGGUCACAUUUCAGGCCAGAGAGAUGAAGUCGUAGAAAAAUUAUUUUGCCUGUGCAUGCAGUGUCCACAGUACUAUAUAUAUGCAUGCCAGUACUCCGAUCAUAUUUAAUUGCCCACAAAUAUUGUCUGCAACUACCUUGGUAUUUAGAGACCAGCUAGCUUUUAGGAAAUUGUCAGCACAUUUGUCAUUAGAGAGCUUUUGCCAUAUUCUCCAUGCGCUACAAUUUAUAGUGCCUGCAUAUUCAUUUUGCCUUUUAUUCCUACACUGUUUCGAUCAGAGCAACCAAGGAGCUGCCACAAGACAGACCAUGAGAAUCGAUCUGUCAGCUGAGCCUAUCUGCAGUAGGAUUUAUUUAUUUGUUUAAUAAAAUUUCACUGCUUCA